AUGCGUCAGACCUUCGUUGUAUUAGUUCUGGCUAUUGUUCUCCUAACCUGUGGAGCUGCUUCGCGAGCUUCAGACUCAAUCAACCAGUUCCCGUCUCCAAAAGCUGCUGUCAACCAUGCUAGAUCUCUUCGAUCUCCUCGCACAGACGCAGUGGAAGAAGAGAGAAGUGUUAACAUCAAGAAGUUAUUCGAUUUCAAGAAAUGGUUUGGCGUGAAGGUUCCAGCGAACGAUGCGCCACCUUUCGCCACGGAAACCAUCAAAGCCAUGCUGAAGAGCCGUAAGUACAGGCGCACCAUGUAUAAGAAUUGGGACCAGUACAGGAUGGACGAGAUUCCAGCACUAAUUGGCGAAAAGGUCAUGAACCGCAAAGGUGUUGCCGAGAUGCUCACACAUUAUCGCACGAAAGGCAGAGAUUAUACGAAGUGGAACACCCCGUAAGGCUCUACUUUGUAUGGACCAGUAGUCUUUUCGGAAAUCAUGGUAUUGCUUUUGAACUUGAAUUGCCAGGCGCACUUCUUAUCGCUUACUGUUGCUGUUCUGACGUCACUUCCAUGAAACGCUGCUUCUCGUCAUACCAUGUACUAUAUUACAGGUGGUGCAACUCAAGCUCAGCG